GAAGAGAAGGAGAAGAGGCGGGAGAAGGAGUACCAGAGAAAGCAGGUGGAUGAGAGUAACAUAAAAGCACUGCUGAACAACAUGUCCUCUGCUCCUGCUCCCGGAGCUAAAUCUAACCUCUCCUCUAAUAUCGGAAAAAGAUCGACCUUCUAUCGUGCUAUUCUGCAAACUAAAACAAGUGAAAUGACACAAGUAGCUACCGAGUACGAGGAGAAACAGGCUGAAAUAAACGAGGAAGUUAACAAGCGAGAAGCGCUGAUAAACUCUCAAGACAGAGCUAUCCGGACCCUGAACUCUCAGAUAACAAGUGUACAGGAAAUACUCUCUAAAUCAUCUGUUACUAUGGCUGAGAUGAGGGCAAACUACGGGUCUAUUUCUGAGGAAAUAGAUGGACUUGACAGCAAGAUAGAGGUAGCUAACGAGAAGAUAGCAGAGUUGGAGGAGGCACACAAGAAGAACAUGAACAUCACCUCGGCCGAGGCACAGCAAGUUGAGAAACUAGUUGGAACUUAUGAUGUGAUAAUGAAGGAGAAGGAUACGUUUACUAAGGAGUGCAAGGAGAAAGUUAAAGACUUCAGAGAGAAGAUGAGUGAGUUAACAGAGAAAAUAGAAACAAUAGAAAAGGACAAAAGAACUAAAAUAGUCCAGGAACAGUACCAGAAGGAUAAGACCAAGUUAGAUAAGUUACGGUUGCAAAUAGCAAAGAAGAACUACGCUAUAUCAGCCUUACAGCGGCAAGUUGAUGAAAUUCCUACGAGAAUUGAACUCCUUCAGUAUCAGAAGCGGUUUGAAGAGCUCCACCAACAAACCGGGGCAGUCCACACGGAGACCAAACAAUUCUACGCCCUCUUCAACAACCUCAGCGACACUAAAACCUACCUGGGAAAACACCUGAUCAGACUGAACUCUAUCAACGAGAGCUUCCAAAAAGCUAUCGUGAACAUUGAAAACGGUUUCAUGUUCCUCCAGCAGUUUGAGCAGCUGGUUGAGGGGGCCAAGCAGAGCAAGGUGGGAAUCGAGAAGAAACGAGCGGACGUGAAGGCAAACAAGGAUAAACUGAAUGAUGAGUAUUUGAGGCUGGUGGAGGAGGGGAGGCGGUAUCACUCCGUGGUUCAGGAGUUUCAGGAUGAGUGUAAAAAGACUGAGAUGUUGGUUGCUAAGUGCAAGGAAAUGGGGAUUAACAAUUCUUCGUUUUAAUGUGAUCUGUUUUUAUAUUCUUUUAAGUUUUUUUGAUUUUGUGAUUUUGUUGAAUUUUUCUUGUGAAUUUAAAUCGUGGCUGUUAUAAUGACUAACAGCCGCAGUGUUAGUCAUUUAAUUGCUGCGGGCGGCGAAAUAGUGCUCAAUUUUAGAUGGAAUUGUUAUCUGCUCUAUAUGACAUCAUUCAUGUUUUGGUAAUGUAAAUAACUGGUCCAUAAUAACUGUGUUGACCACUUACAGAUAAAAUUCAAUCUUGGCUUAUAACCUAAAUUUUGAAAUAUUCAUUUGGAGCAAAGAUCACGAGCUAGAUUAAACCUUCGACAUGCUUUUUUUCCUUGAUGAUAUGUUCAUUUCUUUAGCAGGUUACGUUAGUCUCAAAGUGAAACAUGUCGUGUUGUAUAUUGAGAACAUAAAUUUUUUAUGCUUGGAUUUUGAAUCACUAUUUUGUAAUUUUGAAACCGAUUUAUGAAUGUUUUAAUGACU